AUGGCCGGCCAUGAAACGCAUUUCGGGUCGAAUACCCCUUCGAACGGGGAUUAUGGAGAGGAAUGGGCUCACGACCUACGCAUCAAGUUCGAGGGCCUGUUGCGUGAUAAGCGAAUGAACGACCUCCGUAACACAUCUCGACAUGCCUCACCAACCCCAGGCUUGGGCGAGCGUGCGUCCAGUGCCAACCUCCGAGCACAUGGCCAUCACUCCCAAGAACGUCCAACAACAUCUGGCGGACCAACGACUCCUCCAUCCUACUCGGCUCUUCGCCAUCUUCCCAAGAUCCCCACAGCACCUGCAGCAGGCGAUCGAGACUCACAAAAAUUCCGCAACCUGCUCAUCGGUCUAUCGUUGACCCCCGGCAAAUACGAGAACCCUGGAUUGUUAGAUGAGGCAUUGCAGAUUAUCCCCCUUGACCGGAUUUACAGCGAGGCAGAGGAGGAGACGCAAGUUUUGCAGGCCGAGGCGGAGAGUAUGGGUGACGGCCGGAGACCGGAAUGGGGCUACCAAGACUGCGUUAUUCGAGCCCUGCUAAGAUGGUUCAAGCGUUCAUUUUUCACAUGGGUAAACAACCCUCCUUGCCAGCUUUGCUUGUCUCCUACCAUCGCACAAGGGAUGACUACACCCACGCCAGACGAGAGUGCCUGUGGCGCUUUGCGAGUAGAGUUAUACAGGUGCUCAAACCAGUCAUGCGGUGCCUACGAGCGAUUCCCACGAUACGGCGAUGUGUGGCGACUGCUUCAGACGCGCCGAGGAAGAGUGGGAGAGUGGGCGAAUUGCUUUAGCAUGCUUUGCAGAGCCGUCGGUGGUCGCGUGCGAUGGGUAUGGAACGCCGAGGACCAUGUCUGGACGGAGGUUUACUCCGAGCACCAGCGCAGAUGGGUCCACGUUGAUGCGUGCGAGGAAGCUUGGGAUAACCCACAGCUAUACACCAACGGCUGGGGCAAAAAGAUGUCUUAUUGCAUUGCUUUCUCUAUUGACGGCGCAACCGACGUAACCCGACGAUAUGUUCGCAAGGCAGAGCAUGCAACCGAGAGAAACCGAUGCCCAGAGGAGGUGCUACUCUACAUCAUGGCUGAAAUCAAGAACCUGCGCCGGGCCAAUAUGAACAAAGACGAGCGCUUCCGGCUCGAGAAGGAAGAUCAGCAAGAAGAUCUCCAGCUCAGAGAAUACGUGGUUGCUACCAUUGCCCAAGCCGUCACCGACCUCGUUCCAGGAGCCAGCUCUUCCAGCGGUGGCAGACAACAGACUGUCCCCGGCCAAGACCACAAGCUUCCAGCGGAGCAGCCAGCUCGACAAAAUGGUUCCCAAGGAACAGUGGCACAACCUCGAGGGCAAUACCAACAGCCACCCUACCCUCCACACCAUCGACGGGAUUACCAUUAA